GGUUGUCUUUUGUAUACUUUAAUUGCUUACAUUUAGUAUACGGUGCUAUUUAAAGCUCAAGUCAUUUAGUGGCUUCGGGCAAAAUCGAUUUUUUCUGGUGAAUUGACUCGACUGCAACUGGCCUAGAAGAUACCACAAACCGAUACAUCAUUGUUUCCAGUCCUGUGCUGUGGUGUCUGAGGUCAAGGAUCAAAAAACUUUAACCACCAGUGAAAAAGUCCAGUGCUAGUACUUGUGCGUUGGUAGGGUUAAUGCAAGUGUGGUUCGAGAAUGAUGACUAAUUCAUGAGUUUUUUGUCGGUGCUGCUUAGACGGUUGAUCAAACUUUGUACAGGUGAUUCGCCCGGCGAAAACUGCGACCCGGAACCGGCCGUAGUCAGUUCACACGUUAUCACCAACGGAAACGUGAUAACUGAGAUAGCGAUCGAUGCCGUCGCGCAACAGAUAAAACGUGUUUCGUUUUCCAAUGCUAAUCACAUUUUUGAAGAUAAAGAGUCUUAUCCCAGUGAGAAAGGUCAUAGUUCAAAUAAAAACGAAUCUAGUGUGGACUCUGUGAACGAAGAUACAAUUAUUAGUGAAAACGGAAUGGAUUCCGGUACCGGAGGUGCUUCCACGGGCGAUAGGCCUAGCUUCAUCGUCGGUGAGGAUGAACAACAGGAAGCAAAGGAUGAAUUUCCGCAAACUAUGGAAAACGGCAUGCCGCAUCACGUCGGGUAUGAUGUGAACCUGCACGAGAAACGACGUCGGUUGAGGCCUAGUAUGUCCCAUGGCACCGGCCUCGGAUUAGACAGAGGUCACGAGCGAGAUUUCGUAUUGUCCACUACCGAAGAGUUCGUGAAAAGAUUCGACGGAACGCGCGCAAUCACCAAGGUUUUGAUUGCCAACAAUGGCAUCGCAGCGGUCAAAUGUAUGCGCUCAAUUCGUCGCUGGUCGUACGAGAUGUUCAAGAAUGAACGGGCGGUGCGCUUUGUGGUCAUGGUUACCCCAGAGGAUCUCAAAGCUAACGCCGAAUACAUCAAGAUGGCUGACCAUUACGUUCCGGUGCCGGGCGGAUCGAACAACAACAACUAUGCCAACGUGGAGCUGAUCGUCGACAUCGCUCAGAGAACAGCGGUUCAAGCCGUAUGGGCCGGUUGGGGCCAUGCGUCGGAAAAUCCCAAACUGCCGGAGCUGCUGCACAAGAAGGGGUUGGUUUUCUUGGGACCGCCUGAUCGCGCUAUGUGGGCUCUAGGUGAUAAGGUUGCAUCUUCGAUUGUAGCCCAGACUGCAGACAUUCCUACAUUGCCCUGGUCCGGUUCUGAACUGAAAGCCCAGUACAGUGGUAAGAAGAUUAAAAUCUCUAGCGAUCUCUUCGCUCGAGGUUGUGUAACCACUUCGGAGCAGGGCUUGAUAGCGGCCGAUAAAAUUGGCUUCCCAGUAAUGAUCAAGGCUUCCGAAGGAGGCGGUGGAAAAGGUAUUCGUCGGGUGGACAGUGCCGAUGAGUUUCCUGCUCUGUUCCGUCAGGUACAAGCCGAAGUACCCGGAUCGCCAAUAUUCGUGAUGAAGCUUGCCCGCGGAGCAAGACAUUUGGAGGUUCAGCUUCUGGCUGAUCAGUAUGGCAAUGCAAUCAGCUUGUUCGGACGAGAUUGUUCCAUUCAACGUCGACAUCAGAAAAUCAUUGAGGAGGCACCGGCCAUUGUUGCUGAGCCGGAGGUGUUCGAAGAUAUGGAAAAGGCAGCUGUGCGGUUAGCGAAAAUGGUCGGAUACGUGAGCGCCGGUACGGUGGAAUACUUGUACGAUGCGGAAGGAAAAUAUUUCUUCCUCGAAUUGAAUCCACGUUUGCAAGUGGAGCAUCCGUGUACUGAGAUGGUCGCUGAAGUCAACCUUCCCGCUUGUCAGCUGCAAAUAGGAAUGGGUAUUCCGCUGUAUCGGAUUAAGGAUAUUCGUCUGUUGUAUGGAGAACAUCCGUGGGAUUCUACGGUGAUUGAUUUCGAUAAUCCAGCUACGAAGCCACGACCCCGUGGACAUGUCAUUGCAGCUCGUAUCACUUCGGAAAAUCCGGACGAAGGUUUUAAACCCAGCUCUGGUACGGUUCAAGAGUUGAACUUCCGCUCCAGUCAAAAUGUGUGGGGAUACUUCAGCGUGGCCGCAUCUGGAGGACUUCACGAGUUUGCCGAUUCGCAGUUCGGUCAUUGCUUUUCGUGGGGCGAAAAUCGACAGCAAGCUCGGGAGAAUCUUGUAAUUGCACUGAAGGAGUUGUCCAUUCGUGGAGAUUUCCGGACGACAGUGGAAUAUUUGAUCACGCUGCUGGAGACGAACAGUUUUCUGGAAAAUUCGAUCGAUACAGCCUGGCUGGAUGCUUUGAUAGCGGAACGUGUCAAAUCAGACAAACCGGAUAUAAUUCUCGGUGUCAUUUGUGGAGCGCUUCAUAUCGCUGAUAGAAAAAUAACGGAAACGUUCACCAGUUUCAAAACUUCCAUGGAAAAGGGUCAAAUUCAGGCAGCUAAUACUUUGACAAACGUUAUUGAUGUGGAAUUAAUUUCCGAGGGCAUUCGAUAUAAAGUCCAAGCAGCGAAGAGUGGUCCCAACACUUACUUCCUAGUAAUGAACGGAUCCUUCAAAGAAGUUGAAGUUCAUCGGUUAUCCGAUGGUGGAAUAUUGCUUUCACUGGACGGUUCCAGUUUUACCACAUACAUGAAGGAAGAAGUGGACAGAUACAGAAUUGUGAUUGGAAACCAAACGUGCGUUUUCGAAAAGGAAAAUGACCCUUCGCUGCUGCGUAGCCCGUCGGCUGGCAAGCUCAUCAAUUUGCUCAUUGAAGAUGGAGCGCACGUUAACAAAGGUCAACCGUUUGCUGAAAUUGAAGUUAUGAAAAUGGUUAUGACAUUGACGGCUGGAGAAACAGGAACAGUGACCUUCGUGCGUCGUCCGGGUGCUGUGUUGGAUGCCGGAUCUCUGCUGGGACACCUUGAACUAGACGAUCCAUCUUUAGUGACGAAAGCGCAACCUUACAAGAACCCUUGGCCACUCACGACAGACGCCGCUCAAAUUCCCGAGAAGCUUAAUCGAGUUCAUUCCGGUUAUAAAACAAUCUUAGAGAACACUUUGGCUGGUUACUGUCUUCCAGAUCCGUACAAUGCUCCAAGGUUGCGAGAAAUCAUCGAAAAGUUUAUGCAAAGCUUGCGUGAUCCAUCUCUGCCUUUGCUGGAACUUCAAGAAGUAAUUGCUUCAAUAUCCGGUCGCAUUCCGUUGUCGGUUGAUAAAAAAAUUCGCAAGCUGAUGCAGUUGUAUGAAAGAAACAUUACCAGUGUGCUAGCUCAGUUCCCCUCGCAGCAAAUUGCGUCCGUGAUUGAUAUGCACGCAGCAACACUGCAAAAGCGUACGGAUCGGGAUGUGUUCUUCCUAAAUACGCAAGGAAUCGUGCAACUUGUACAACGGUAUCGCAAUGGAAUUCGUGGCCGUAUGAAGGCAGCUGUCCAUGAGCUGCUCCGGCAGUACUAUGCGGUAGAAAGCCUCUUCCAGCAUGGUCACUACGACAAGUGUGUCGCAUCCAUUCGUGAGAAGCAUAAAGACAACAUGGACACCGUCGUAGGAACAAUUUUCUCACACAGUCAGGUAGCGAAGAAAAAUCUCCUCGUUACACUAUUGAUUGACCAUUUGUGGGCUAACGAACCGGGACUGACGGAUGAGCUGGCCGCCACUUUGAGUGAGUUGACAUCGUUAAACCGAGCCGAACACUCCCGGGUGGCUCUGCGAGCCCGUCAGGUUCUGAUCGCUGCUCAUCAGCCGGCUUACGAGUUGCGUCACAACCAAAUGGAAUCGAUUUUCCUCUCCGCCGUUGAUAUGUACGGUCACGAUUUCCAUCCGGAAAAUUUGCAACGUUUGAUUCUUUCGGAAACAUCAAUUUUCGACAUCCUGCACGAUUUCUUCUAUCACUCGAAUCGAGCCGUAUGCAAUGCUGCUCUGGAAGUGUACGUUCGUCGCGCCUAUACGUCCUAUGAUUUGACCUGUCUGCAACAUCUGGAGCUUUCCGGAGAAGUUCCGUUGGUGCACUUCCAGUUCUUGCUGCCGACAGCACAUCCAAAUCGUUACAGACAACUAACCGAUGGAACAGAGGUGGAUACGAUUGAAGAUUCAUUCAUGCGAACGGGUUGUAUGGCUGCAUUCGACUCGUUUGAACACUUUACGCAAUAUUCGGACGAGAUACUGGAUGUGCUGGUGGAUUAUGCGUCGCCCGCGUUCGUUAAUCCCAAGGUGCUGGAAGGGGUGGACGGUGCCGAUUCGGACCGAAGGAUGAGCACAUCGAUCAACGUGUCAAUAUCCGAUCCCAUUGCUCGCGCUAUCGAAAUGGAUGGAACUGCCGUAGAUCAAUCGACAGAAGCCAUUCAUAUACUAAGCAUUGCCUUGCGGGAUAUGGGUGAUAUGGAUGACUUGCAAAUGGAGCAAGUCUUUGGAUCGUUCUGCGAUCAGCACCGGGAGGAGCUGAUAAGUCGUCGAGUGCGAAGAAUAACUUUUGCGGCACUUAAGAAGCGUCAAUUCCCCAAAUUUUUCACAUACCGUUCCCGAGAUAACUUCAGGGAAGAUCGCAUCUACCGCCAUCUGGAACCGGCUUGUGCUUUCCAGCUUGAGCUGAAUCGCAUGCGAACGUACGACCUGGAAGCGUUGCCUACGGCAAACCAGAAAAUGCACCUUUACCUGGGUCGCGCAAAGGUUCCGAAAGGUCAGGAGGUGACCGAUUUCCGAUUCUUCAUUCGCUCCAUCAUCCGUCACUCGGAUCUAAUUACCAAAGAAGCUUCGUUUGAGUAUCUGCAGAAUGAGGGUGAACGAGUUCUGCUGGAAGCUAUGGACGAGCUGGAAGUUGCUUUCUCACACCCUCAGGCUAAGCGCACGGAUUGUAAUCACAUCUUCCUCAACUUUGUGCCGACCGUCAUUAUGGAUCCGGCGAAAAUCGAAGAAUCUGUAACGAAAAUGGUUAUGCGUUAUGGACCGCGCUUGUGGAAGCUGCGCGUGCUGCAGGCCGAGUUGAAAAUGGUCAUUCGACAGACCACACAAUCUCCAACUACCUCUGUUCGCCUUUGUAUCGCCAACGACUCAGGGUACUUUUUAGAUAUAGCAAUGUACACUGAAGUGACGGAUCCGGAGACACACGUCAUCAAGUUUAUGGCAUACGGAAAUCGACAAGGUCCACUUCACGGACUGCCAAUUUCGUCGCCAUACAUGACCAAAGAUUAUCUGCAGCAAAAGCGUUUCCAGGCGCAAUCCAAUGGGACAACCUACGUGUACGACAUUCCGGACAUGUUCCGUCAGAUGACCGAACGUCUGUGGAAGGAGUUUUCGAAGGCUCGACCAAACGAAGAUAUACGAAUUCCGGAGAAAAUUCUACUGGUUUGCAACGAAUUGGUGAUUAACGGAGACACGAUGGAAGAGAUCCAGCGCUUACCUGGCGAGAACAAUGUCGGAAUGGUUGCUUGGAGAAUCGUACUGGCUACUCCGGAGUUUCCUAAUGGUCGCGAAGUUAUUGUAAUCGCGAACGAUUUAACCUACUUCAUCGGCUCAUUCGGCCCCCAGGAAGAUUUACUGUUUUGCAAAGCAUCCGAACUGUCGAGACAACGAAAGUGUCCAAGAGUUUACAUCUCCGUCAACAGUGGCGCUCGUAUCGGGCUAGCUGAGGAGGUGAAAUCCCUAUUCAAAGUGGCAUGGGAAGAUGCCGAUGAGCCGGAGAAGGGUUUCAAAUAUCUAUAUCUGACAACGGAAGAUUACAGCAAAAUUUUAAAUACCAAUUCGGUUCGUGCCAUUCUGAUUGAGGACGAAGGAGAGCCGCGGUAUAAAAUUACUGAUAUUAUUGGCAAAACAGACGGGCUGGGAGUGGAAAAUCUACGCUAUGCUGGUAUGAUCGCAGGUGAAACUUCCAGGGCAUACGAGGACGUUGUUACCAUUUCAAUGGUGACAUGUCGAACGAUUGGUAUAGGAUCCUAUUUGGUGCGUCUUGGGCAGCGCGUCAUCCAGAUCGAAAAUUCUCACAUCAUUCUGACUGGGUUCGCUGCUCUGAACAAGCUACUGGGAAGGAAGGUGUAUGCCUCCAACAAUCAGCUAGGAGGCAUCCAGAUUAUGCACAAUAACGGAGUAACGCACAAAACAGAGGCACUUGAUUUGGAUGGUGUUUACACAAUCCUUCACUGGCUUUCCUUCAUUCCGGAUAUCCGUGGAGGAACUCUACCGAUUGUGUCGGCAAGCGAUCCUAUAGACAGACCAAUUGAUUUCAUGCCUACCAAGGCGCCGUAUGAUCCUCGGUGGAUGCUUUCUGGCCGAGUAAAUCCUGCUAACCCAUCCGAAUGGGAAACUGGAUUCUUUGAUCGGGGGACAUGGUCGGAGAUCAUGGAACCUUGGGCUAAAACCGUUGUCGUUGGUCGGGCUAAACUUGGUGGAAUACCAGUGGGAGUAAUAGCCGUUGAAACCCGAACAGUCGAACUGACCAUCCCGGCCGAUCCCGCCAAUUUGGACUCGGAAGCUAAAACAUUCCAACAGGCCGGUCAGGUGUGGUUCCCUGAUUCGUCCUACAAAACGGCACAAGCGAUCAAAGAUUUCGGCCGUGAGGAGCUACCUUUGAUUAUUUUGGCCAACUGGCGAGGGUUCUCCGGUGGACAAAAAGAUAUGUACGAGCAGGUAGUGAAAUUUGGUGCGUAUAUUGUGGAUGGUUUGCGGGAAUACAAUCAGCCCGUCAUCGUCUAUCUACCACCGAAUGCAGAACUUCGCGGAGGAGCUUGGGCUGUGUUAGAUCCCACCAUAAACCCACGUUACAUGGAAACCUACGCCGAUCCGGAAUCUCGUGCUGGAGUGUUGGAACCAGAAGGUAUCGUUGAAGUUAAAUUCAAGGAGAAAGAUCUCAUCAAAAGUAUUCAACGGCUGGACCCGGUGGUACUUGAAGUAAGUUGUAUUUCGCGCACUUGCAAUAUGUUUUUGGUUAACUCUUGUUUUUUUUUUUUCAAAUAUUUUCAGUUGAAACAAAAAAUCAAUGAAGCCACUGGUAAUAAGGAAGCGCUUACUGAGCUGGAAAACCAAAUGAAGGCUCGGAUCAACGCGUUGCUGCACGUGUACCACACGGUAGCGGUACAUUUUGCCGACUUGCACGAUACUCCUGAGCGAAUGCUCGAAAAGGGCUGCAUCAGUGAAAUCGUCCCAUGGCGCAGUUCGCGUGGUUACAUGUACUGGCGACUGAGAAGGUUACUCCUAGAAGAGUACUUUAUCAAGCAAAUUCUCCGGGCUCAGGAUAGCUUCUCCGUUGGACAGGCUAAAUCGAUGCUGCGUCGAUGGUUUGUUGAAGACAAAGGAGCUACGGAGGCUUAUUUAUGGGAAAACAACGAACCAGUAGUCGAGUGGUUGGAAAAUCAAAAGCAAAGCGAUUCCACCGUCUGUAAAAACAUUUACGCUGUAAAGAAGGACGCUAUAAUCUCUCAGAUACAAAAAGCUUUGGAGGACUGUCCUGAAGCCACCCUGGACGCAGUUGUUGGGCUUUGUCAAACCCUUUCUCCAGCCCAUCGUGGCGAAGUGGUUAAAACGCUGUCGCAACUAGAGUUUACCGAGAAGGAGCACUCCAGCAUGGGAUGACCGGGACGAGGCUACGAAUAAAAAGGUCAUUCAUAAUCCACCCCGGGGAGGAGACAGCCAUCGUUUUACUGAUGCAUUCCUGAGCAAUACACAUAUUUUAUUGGCAGGUCAUUUCUUCUUAUCAUAGUUUUAUGUAUCGUGCAUGGUUUAGCGAACGAAGACUAGUGCUAUCCGUUCCAAUAAAAUCUUUUGUGACCUCUCGAUCGGAAAUGUUCGUUCGAUUGUUAUCUUAUAAGCAAAGCAAGAAAAACUCAUUCACAUUGAAGACGUAACUCAAAACAGAAUGUGAAAUAAAACAAAACAAAAAAUGCCUAUUUCUGAUUGUAUUAGAAUGUAAUCGAAACAGUUAUAUAUAUAGUUGUAGAUACUCAUGCUGAACACGUUCAACAAAAAAAAAAACACUGAUGCAUCCAGUUGCUGUUUUUAAUGUUAGACUUUGAAACAAAGUGAUUCAUAUAGUAUGUAUAAUCAUAAUUUAUUCUCAAUUGGAGUCUAAAUAUUUUUCUGCAAUCUUUGAAAACAUGCGCGGAACGAAUCAAUCGCUUAGUUUAACCAAUUUCUGAAACUUGUUUGGCUUGUUAGCUAGAUUAAUUAAAUAUCAAAUACCAAGGAUACCGGGUAAUAUUAAUGUGUAAGUAGAGGUCGGCGCUUUAAUUAUUCAAGAGAUCAUGCAACUUUUGUAGUUUGCUGCUGCGGAUUAAAAUUGAGAUAUUUCUCAAUGGCACUUUGCAAACACACAAAAAUAGUAUAGCUGCUUUCAGCUGGAACAGGGCAGAUUGGAGUCCGCAUAUAGAAACCGAAAUAGCCGAACAAAAUGCGAUGUAGCAUCACUCAGUUUUCUGUUGUACAAAUUUGAUGGAGGCAGGGAAUUAAAAAAAAACAAAAUUUAUCAACACUGUUCUG